AUGGCCUCUUUAUCUUUUGCACAAUUUUCUUCACUGCCCAGGUGGCAGAGUUGGAAUUUUUCCCCGUCUUUGGGGAUUGUAGAACUUCCCCAUGUUGGAAUGAGGAACAAAUGGACUCUUGCAGCUGUCUCUAAGAGAAAAGUUAAAGAGGCCUUAGCUCAUGAAGUGUCAGAAGAUAUUGAUGUUGUAGAAACAAAGAGUAGUCGAAAACCUAAACGAAGUACCGGUAGGACUAGGAAGAAGGCAGGGACUGAAGACCCAGAGAAUAGUUCUGUGACUGUCACGGAUGGAGAACUUACGGAUGAGGAGAAUUUGACUAUUUCAGAAGAAAGUGAGAAAUCAAAAAAACUCCGGCGUACCAGGAAGAAAGAUCAAAAUACAGUUACUGCCCCCGAGGAGAAAACAGAAGAGAAAAAGGUGACAAGACGCAGAAGAACAAAGAAGCAGAUUGAUAAUGUUGUGGAUCAAGAAAGUCCUGCUGUGUCUAGUGAUGAGGAUGGGGAUGCAUUUGUGACAGAUGGAGAUGACGAUAGCAAUGAGCAAGACAUGGAUCUUGAAAUAGAUGAGGGAGAAGAUAUUAGCUAUACUUACAGUUGGCCACCUCUUGUCUGUUGUUUUGGGGCUACACAGCAUGCAUUUAUUCCAUCUGGAAGGCGAGCCAACAGACUUAUAGAUAAUGAAUGGCAUGAAAGACAUAAGGAUGUACUAUGGGAUCCUGAGAAAUUUGUUAGGUCUCCGGGGGGAUGUGCCAGUAAUGUUGCCGUGGCACUUGCAUGCUUGGGUGGUAAAGUUGCUGUUAUGGGUAAACUUGGAGAUGAUGACUACGGUCAGUCUUUGCUAUACUUUUUGAACAUAAACAAUGUACAGACGAGGUCGAUUCGUAUUGACACUAAAAGGGUCACAGCUGUAUCACAUAUGAAAAUGAGUAAGAGGGGUGGUUUGCGGAUGACUUGUGUCAAAUCAUGUCCAGAGGAUUCAUUAUCUAAGUCUGAGAUUAACAUUGAUGUCCUCAAAGAGGCAAAGAUGUUUUACUUCAACACCUUCUCUCUUCUAGACCGGGACAUGCGAGCCUCUACUAUGCAUGCCAUCAAGGUCUCAAAGAAAUUGGGAGGGGUUAUCUUUUAUGAUCUCAAUCUACCAUUACCUCUAUGGCAAUCCUCUGAAGAGACUAAGAAAUUCAUACGAAAAGCAUGGGAUCUUGCAGAUAUUAUUGAAGUCACCAAGCAAGAACUUGAGUUUCUUUGCGAUAUCAAGGCAACUGAAAAGUUUGACACUAAGGACAAUGACAGGACUAAAUUCAUUCAUUAUCCACCAGAAGUGCUUGCUCCACUUUGGCAUGAAAAUCUUAAGGUUUUAUUUGUGACAAAUGGGACUUCAAAGAUUCACUACUACACUAAGGAGCACAAUGGUUCUGUUCUUGGCAUGGAGGAUCCACCCGUUACCCCCUAUACUUCUGAUAUGUCUGCAUCUGGUGAUGGUAUUGUCGCAGGUAUCCUGAGGAUGUUGUCAGUCCAGCCACAUCUUAUAACUGAUAAAAAGUACUUGGAGCGCACCGUCAACUAUGCUAUCAGCUGUGGAGUAAUGGAUCAAUGGCUACAGGCACGAAAACUUGGUUACCCUGCUAAAGAAGGUAUGGAAGAAGAUGUGAUCCCUGAUUCCCAUGGCAUAAGAUCUGUAACAGAAAGGGAAUAUCGAACUUUGGUGCCUGUUCGUUGA